AUGAAUCAAGACUAUGAGAUCUCCUUGGAUCAAAUCAAUGCCAUUGUGGGGGCCCCAACGGAAAACACAUUUGGCCCCACUGAUCCAAUCCAAGGAUACUAUGACAUGACUUGGUGGACCCAGCUCACCCAAUUACAUCCAUAUGUCUCUAGCGCUGCUAAAGCCUCAUCACUUAUCCAUCCUGUGAUUAAGGUAGCUCACAGAAUCAUUGCUUCGCUCGUCGCCCCUAGAGAGGAGCGAAGCACCAUUAGCGCGCUGGAACUUAAAAUCCUUUAUGCAAUGACCCAUCCCGAGAAUAACCUCAUUCCUCAUUAUGGUCGCAUGCUCGCCAAGAGCGCCCACAUCCGAGCCCCAUACCCCGGUCCCCACCAGCCACUGCCGGGUGAGCCUUAUCUCACCACCACUGUCCUUGAGUCCAUGCGACUCUUCCGCUCGGCAGGCGAUGGUACACACCAUUGGACCGUGGGUCAAAAUCAUGAUCCCAAGCUCCUCAUCACACCAGAAAAUAAAGGCAUUCUUGAUUUCCGAAAUCCCAUUCAUAUGACUGAUUGGCAAAUCAUUCCAUACAUCUUCCCCCACUCUUAUUCCACCGAGGUCGAUGAGCAAAGCGAGAAAACGAGGAAGAUGGUGAUGAUGAUGAAGAAGAGGAGGAGCCUCACCAUGCUUCUCCCACCGGUGGUGGCAGCUCAUCCCAUUUUGCUGCACCCCCGCCUUAUCAUCAACAAUAUAUGGACGAAUUCCAAUCAAUCCAUACCCGCCUCGACACCUAUCAGCAGGAUAUUACCAGCCUGA